AAAAGCAGGGAGGGAGAGAGGGAGAUGAGCAUCUUGUUCCAAUGAAACAUCAAGCAGUGUGACGAUGACAGCGAAAGGCAGACAUAAAGCGGUCCCCUUCCCCCUGGCCCACCGGCUUACCAUGAAGGAGGUGUUUGACGCCGAAGGCCGGCCGCGGGUGGACCUGCUCAAAGCUCACCUCACCAAGGAGGGCCGGCUGGAGGAGGCCGUGGCCCUGCGCAUCAUCGAUGAGGGCGCCGCCAUCCUGCGCCAGGAGCGCACCAUGUUGGAUAUAGAGGCGCCAGUCACGGUGUGUGGAGAUAUUCACGGCCAGUUCUUCGACCUGAUGAAGUUGUUUGAAGUGGGAGGUUCUCCUGCCAACACGCGCUACCUCUUCCUGGGGGACUAUGUGGACAGGGGCUACUUCAGUAUCGAGUGUGUGUUGUACCUGUGGUCACUGAAAAUCCUCUACCCAAAGACGCUCUUUCUUCUACGGGGAAACCAUGAAUGUAGACAUCUGACAGAAUAUUUCACCUUCAAACAAGAAUGUAAGAUCAAGUACUCGGAGCAGGUGUAUGACUCCUGCAUGGAAGCGUUUGAUUGCCUGCCCCUGGCAGCUCUGAUGAACCAGCAGUUCCUAUGUGUGCAUGGGGGGCUUUCACCAGAGAUCCACACGCUGGACGACAUCAAGAAGUUGGACCGGUUCAAGGAGCCCCCGGCGUUUGGGCCCAUGUGCGACCUGCUGUGGGCCGACCCCCUGGAAGACUUUGGCAACGAGAAGACCCAGGAAUACUUUGGUCACAACACAGUGAGAGGCUGCUCCUAUUUCUACAGUUACCCAGCAGUGUGCGAGUUCCUACAGACCAACAACCUGCUGUCAAUCAUCAGAGCGCAUGAAGCACAGGAUGCUGGGUAUCGUAUGUACAGGAAGAGUCAGACUACAGGUUUCCCCUCCCUCAUCACCAUCUUCUCUGCUCCAAACUACCUGGAUGUCUACAACAACAAAGCGGCGGUGCUGAAGUACGAGAACAAUGUGAUGAACAUCCGUCAGUUCAACUGCUCUCCUCACCCCUACUGGCUGCCCAACUUCAUGGACGUCUUCACCUGGUCGCUGCCUUUCGUGGGAGAAAAGGUUACUGAAAUGCUGGUCAACGUCCUGAGUAUCUGCUCUGAUGACGAACUCAUGAACGACGGAGAGGAGAUCUACGAUGCCAGUGCAGCAGCAGCCAGGAAAGAGGUGAUCAAAAACAAGAUUCGAGCCAUUGGGAAGAUGGCUAAAAUGUUCUCUGUUCUACGGGAGGAGAGUGAGAACGUGUUGACCCUGAAGGGGCUGACCCCUACAGGCAUGCUGCCCAGCGGAGUGUUGUCUGGGGGCAAACAGACCCUGCAGAGCGCUACCAUUGAGGCCAUAGAAGCCAUCGAGACAGUUAAGGACGCUGAAGCCAUCCGAGGCUUCUCCCCGCAGCAUCGGAUCAGCAGUUUCGAGGAGGCCAAAGGUCUGGACCGGAUCAACGAGAGGAUGCCUCCGCGACGUGACGCCGUCAACAGUGUGGGGCUGUCGAUGGGCCGCAUGAACAUGGGAGAGCCCAAUGGGACCGACAGCAACAGCAAUAUACAGUGAUGGACAUACACUCCCACAUGCCCAGACACAUACCUGCAGUUACAACUCUGAUAUGGUACCAUAUUUAUAGAAUCGUGUACAUAGGCAUAUAUAUACACAAGAAAAAUGCAUCACAUACACAGACACAGUAUUUCAUACACUGAAUAGGCUACAUCACACACACACACACAUGCAAAUCACACACACACACACAUGAUUACCUACCCCUCUCCCGUUGCCCUCUGCUGUAUGUAAAGGCAUGAGCGUACCUGGACUUAACCACCAAAGGCUGAGUCUCUUCACUGAACUGAUCGGUCCUAUUUAGAGAACUACAACUCCCAUGUACCUGCACAACAACAGGAAAGAAACUAUAAAAACACUCCCCAUGCAAAACAGGAGGAGCUGCUGUUCACCGUGUAUGUUGGGGAUCACCAGUGGGUUGACAGUGUCAGCAUGACGUGGCUGUGUCGAUGGUGUGUGUUGUGUU